AAUUCUAAAUUCAAAAAGAAGCUUUCACAUUUUUCCAUUAAUAAAGAUUAUUACUUUACCUCCAUUAUUUCCACUGGAUUAAUUAGUUUUGUUCUCCUAGAUCUUGAAUUUCUGAGCCGGGCUCGACUUAAUCACAUCAGCUUUUGUUUCUUGAUUUGUGGGCUUUAGUCAAAAUUCGUUCUUGCUCGAGAAGAGAAGUGGAAAUAACAAGAAAUUAGUUUCAGUUUUCUUGAAAACUGUAAUUAGCUGUAAGUGGAGCUUGGAGCUGAGGGGUAGUAAUAGUUUACUGUGUAAAAGUGGAUGUCAGAUUUUUAGCAUUAGCAUAUCGCAGAGAAUCUACAUUAGAGAGGCUAUGGAUUCGGAGAAAGCAAUGGUUUCUGGAGUGACAGUUAUCGGGCAUGGAGCUCCAUCCACAUACCAUGUAGCUCCAAGGAUGGAGAGUUCUGAAUUUGGAACUUCUCAAAUGACUCCACCAGUGAUGAAUGCAGCAGGCUCGGAGAGGAAGAAGAGAGGCCGGCCGAGGAAGUAUAAGCCGGACGAAUCACCAAGCGGAGCUUUUUCUUCUGUGCAGGUAUCAUCGUCUGCUCCACCUACUGCUGGCAAGGCCUAUGGGGAGGAUGUUAAGCCAGGUGCCCUGGUCCGGGCCACCACUUCCGAGAAGAAGCAUAAGAGUAAAAUCGGAACAGAAAAAUUAGAUGACUGGAUUGAAUGUUCAACUGGCUCAAGUUUUUUACCACAUGUGAUCACUGUGAAUGCUGGCGAGGAUAUCUCAUUGAAGAUAAUGGAGUUCUCUCGACAAGGGCCGCGGGCUGUGUGCAUAAUAUCUGGCAGUGGGAGAGUGUCAAAUGUGACACUUCGACAUCCAAAUUCCUCUGGUGGAAUCUUGACUUAUGAGGGUCUUUUUGAAAUCCUUUCCUUUUCUGGAUCCUUCACACCAACGGAGAUGCCAGACAAAUACGGAAGAUCCGGUAUGAUGACCAUAACCUUGUCUGGAGCUGAUGGUCGUGUCGUGGGAGGUUUGGUUUCUGGAUUGACAGUUGCUGCCACUCCAGUAAAGAUUGUUGUUGCAAGUUACCUAGUGGGAAGUUCCCAUGAGCUCAAACCUAAGAAGCAGCAGUACACAGUUAAUGCAUCGGUUCCGGGUGGCGCCCCUUUGUCGAACCAGGACAAGAAUAUCUCCGGCACCAUCCAAGGGCCUAGCUGCUCCAGCUCUGCUGACCACCCCACUGGCUGGGCAGCAAUUCAGACUGCAGAAAAGUCGAGGAGUUCCACGGCCGACAUCAAUAUAUCACUGCAGGGAUAGUCUUAACAAUCAAGAUGUUUUACUCUUGGUAGUAACUAGUAGUAGUAAACUUAUCAUUGUCUCCCUCCUUAACAAGUGACCUCCAUGACACAAUGCUGCAUAAAAUUGAUGCUCUUUUCACCAUUCUUAACAUGUAUUGAUGGUUAUCAGGCUUGUGCAAUGACAGAUUUCGUGUUACGUCUUA